CGCGGCUUGGAGCCGGGUGGGGCGGCCCUAGAUUGCGGUGUCUAUAUUGUCAGAAUUGAGCUGAAUCAUAAGACACCCAGCUGAUGUCCGGAGAAUUGCUUGUUGGUGUGGAGAUGCCCCCCACCCCACAUUGGACUUGGUGUCCAGAAGAAAAUUCACCUUCAUUUUCCUUUCCUUCAACAUGGGCCAAGUGAGCAAAGGAAAUAACUAAAAAUGACAAGUAGAAGACUUGAGGAGUCCAUGGGGGCCGUUCAAAUGGGGUUGGUGAGAAUGCUGAAAGGCUUCCAAAGCAAGGUGCUGCCGCCCCUGAGCCCCAAGGUGGUGAAGGAAGAAGAGGUGAACCAGAUGCUAACACCCUCGGAGUUCCUGAAGGAAAUGUCCCUGACCACAGAACAGAGACUGGCAAAUACACGGUUGAUGUGCCGACCACAGGUCAUCGAACUUCUAGAUAUGGGGGAAACAACACAUCAAAAGUUUUCAGGAAUUGACCUGGAUCAGGCAUUAUUCCAGCCCUUUCCAUCAGAAAUAGUAUUUCAGAACUACACUCCCUGUGAAGUCUAUGAAGUGCCAUUGGUUUUGAGGAACAAUGACAAAAUUCCGAGGAUGGUGAAAGUUGUUGAGGAAAGUUCGCCAUACUUUAAAGUAAUCAGCCCCAAAGACAUUGGCCACAAAGUAGCCCCAGGAGUGCCGUCCAUAUUCCGGGUCCUGUUCACUCCCGAGGAGAACAAGGAUUACGCCCAUAUGUUGACCUGUGUUACUGAAAGGGAAAAGUUCAUUGUACCCAUCAAAGCCAGAGGCGCACGAGCCAUCCUAGAUUUUCCUGACAAGCUGAAUUUUUCCACUUGCCCUGUCAAAUAUAGCACUCAGAAGAUUCUGCUGGUGAGAAACAUCGGCAACAAAGAUGCUGUGUUUCACAUCACAACUUACAGGCCGUUCUCCAUAGAGCCAUCUGUUGGAAUUCUUAAUGUGGGAGAGUCCAUGCAGCUGGAAGUGGAUUUUGAGCCACAGACUGUGGGCAGUCACAGCAAAAGGCUUAUUGUGUAUUACGACACAGGUGAAAAAAUGUUUGUGUCUCUAUAUGGAGCUGCCAUAGACAUGAAUAUAAGGCUGGACAAGAAUUCUUUGAUCAUUGAGAAAACCUACAUUUCUCUGGCCAAUCAGCGAACUGUAACCCUUUACAACCGCAGUAACAUCAUUGCCCAUUUCCAGUGGAAGAUAUUUCCUACUCAGGAGGAGGAAUAUAGAGAAAAAUACAGGGUCUGCGAGGACCUGAGCAGAGAGGAGAAAGAUGAGACCGAUGAGUUUCUUGAGGAGUGCGUCGUUGACCCUUCCCUCCGAGAGCGCCUGUCCAUCCUCUCCCGCACCUUCAAGAACCAGAGGAAGCUGAUUCAGGCAGACAGCUCGCUCUUCUUGAAUAAUAUUUUCACCAUUGAGCCUCUGGAAGGUGAUGUCUGGCCCAACUCAUCAGCUGAAAUCACUGUGUACUUUAACCCUCUGGAAGCAAAACUCUACCAAAUGACUGUGUACUGUGACAUUUCAGGCCGAGAGAUCCGUCUGCCCCUCCGAAUCAAAGGGGAAGGAAUGGGACCAAAGAUUCACUUCAACUUUGAGUUGCUGGAUAUUGGAAAAGUUUUUGUUGGAUCUGUUCAUUGUUAUGAGGCAAUCCUAUCCAACAAAGGCAGCAUCGAUGCCCUCUUCAAUGUGGUCCCUCCAACUUCGGCUUUGGGGGCCUGCUUUGUUUUCAGUCCCAAGGAAGGCAUCAUCAAACCAAGCGGAGUCCAGGCUAUCCAGAUUUCCUUCAGUUCUGCCAUCCUGGGGCACUUCAAAGAAGAGUUCCUGGUCAAUGUCAAUGGGUCACCUGAGCCUGUGAAACUGACUAUUAAAGGCUGUGUCAUCGGACCUACCUUCCACUUUAAUGUUCCUGCUCUGCACUUCGGUGAUGUUUCCUUUGGGUUUCCUCAUACCUUGAUAUGUUCCCUCAAUAAUACCUCCCUGGUCCCCAUGACCUUCCACCUGCGUAUCCCCGGGGAUGGCGUUUGCAAUGAAGGCAUUUCAAGUUGUGAGCAAUAUUCAGACAACAAAAGGCCCACCUGGAACAAGAACGAAAUACCCACAACGAAACCAAGAGAAUUCACUGUCACCCCCAAGAGUGGCACCAUUCGCUCCCAAGGAUUUGCUGCUAUCAGGGUGACCUUAUGCUCCAACACUGUGCAGAAAUACGAGCUAGCCCUGGUGGUGGAUGUGGAGGGCAUUGGUGAAGAGGUGUUGGCGCUCCUAAUUACCGCAAGGUGCGUUGUACCCACCCUCCGCAUGGCUAACGAAGAGGUGGACUUUGGGCGCUGCUUCCUGAACUACCCGUAUGAGAAAGCGAUCCAGCUUGUCAACCAUGAUGACCUCCCAGGAUGCUAUGAGGUCCUGCCUCAGGCAUGUGAGGACUCACCUGCUGUGCUGCUCUCCAGUCCCAGCCCCUAUGGAGUCAUCCCUCCCCAUAGCACCGUUGACAUACCUCUGACCUUGGAGACCCAGGUCACUGGGGAGCACAGGUCCACAGUUUACAUCUCAAUCUUCGGGAGCCAGGACCCCCCUGUGGUGUGUCACUUAAGGAGCAUUGGAGAAGGCCCGGUGAUCUACGUCUAUCCCACUCAAAUUGAUUUUGGCAAUAUCUAUGUCCUAAAGGAGUUGUCCAGGACCGUCAGCCUAUCUAACCAGUCCCUCAUCCCUGGAUUAUUUCAGGCACGCAUGGCACACAAAAAGUCCCUUUGGACAAUUGAACCCAGUGAAGGCACCGUUCCCCCGGAAGCUGACGUUCAACUGACACUGACUGCCAACCUGAAUGACACGCUGACAUUCAAAGACACGGUCAUUUUGGAAAUUAAAAAUAGCAACACCUAUCGGAUUCCUGUCCAGGCUUCAGGAAUUGGUUCCACCAUUGUUUCGGAUAAGCCCUUUGCCCCGGAACUCAAUUUGGGAGCACAUUUCAGCCUGGACACCUGUUACUACCACUUCAAGUUGGCCAACAAGGGACGUCGGGUCCACCAGUUGUUCUGGAUGAAUGAAAAGUUCCAUCCCCAGAACAAGCUGAGCAAGAAAGGUGUGGCUAAGAGGAGACUUGCUAAGAGCCGCAGCUCCCAGGCGCCCAGGGAUCCCCAGAGCCCCGUGUUUCAGCUUCGUCCCGUCAGGAUGGAGCUGUAUCCAGACCAGACGAUCGAUGUGAUACUCGACGGCUAUUCUGCUACUCCCAGGCUGGUCAAAGAAAAGCUGGUGUGCCACGCCCUUAUCGGGGCACAGAGGGAGAGGAGCUUGGUGAUGACUGUGGACAUCAUCUGUGAGUUUAUAGCGCCACUUAUCCAGCUCUCCACCAAGCAGCUCUUAUACCGACUGGAGAAGAAACCAAACACUACCUUGAAACCCGAUUACCAGCCCUUGGUCAUGAAGAACAUUUCCACCCUGCCCGUGAACGUGUUGCUCUCAACCAACAGACCCUUCUUGAUCUGUGACAUGGAUAAAUCUCCGCUGCCCUUAAUUCCCCAGCCUAUUAAACUGGAGAUUGGGGAAGAAAAAAACCUGCUGGUCAGAUUUGACCCUUCCCACAGAUGCGAUUUGAACAACUGGGUGGCAGAAGAAACUCUAGCGAUCAAGUACAUGGAGCACCCUCAGGUGGACAGCCUGAGCCUGCGCGGGGAAGUGCAUUACCCCAACCUGCACUUUGAGACCACCGAGCUGGACUUUGGCUGCAUCCUGAAUGACACCGAGGUGAUCCGCUACAUUACCAUCACCAACUGCAGCCCGCUGGUCGUGAAGUUUCGCUGGUUCUUCCUGGUGAACGAUGAGGAGAACCAAAUAAGAUUUGUGCCGUGGUUGAGGAAGCCCUACAGUGCCCUCCAGUCGCAGGUGGAAGCCAUCCUGGUGACCUCCGCCUCCUCCAGCUCGCCAGAAGUCUCAGCAGUAGCAUCCCCUGAGAUUGAUCUAAGUGAUUUUGUUAAGACUGUCUUUGUGGAUGAAGAUAUUAGGUCUAAAGAAAGAGAACACAGAAAAGCAGAAGUGUCCAGCCUGAUCAUCUCAGAUGUACGCUUUCCUUUCCCCGGGGUGGAGAAAAUAGAGCCAAACCAGGGCCAGGUGCAGUUUCAGGAAGCCCUGUGGAUCUCUGGAGGGGCCGAAAUGCUUUCGGUUGGCAGAGGAGAAGUGUUUGAUAUUUUGCCCCUCUAUGGGGAGCUGUCGCCAUAUAGUAGCUUCCAGGUAGCUUUCACCUUCUAUGGACACUGUGACAUCAUCGCACAGGCUAAAGCUCUGUGCAAAGUGGAAGGAGGGCCCACCUAUGAGAUAACACUAAGGGGAGAGGCAUCCAUGGUCAACUAUUCCUUUGACACCAAGGACAUCAACUAUGGAUUACAGCUGUUUGACCGGGUCACAGAGAAUAAAAUCACGCUGAAGAACACUGGGAAAGUUGGCUUCGAGUUCAAGGUGCUGACCAAAUACCAGUCUUCACUGGACAACCUUCUGCCCGGAGUGCCACUAAUCCUGCCUGUCUCAGGUUUCAUCAGUUCGCUUAAUGAGCAAGUGUUGAAGGUUUACUACUUACCUGGAGUACCUGAGGUCUUUGAAAGAAGUUUCCAGAUACAGAUCGCCCACCUGGACCCAGAAAACAUCACACUGAGUGGAGAGGGAAUCUUUCCCCGAAUCUACCUCGAUCUCCCCAGAAACCUCAGAGGAAAUGAAAAGUAUGAAACCUUCUUAGAUCAGGCCAGAAAAAACCUAGAAAAAGAGUUCAGCAAAUAUGAAACAUUAAAUCACUCAGAGACCACUGAGGAAAUGCCCGAGGAUGACUAUUUUAAGUUAAAUGCUCAGCUCCAGAUGGAAGUAGAGAGACUUAUAGUCCAAAGCUAUGCCAUAGAACAUCAGAAAACAAUUAUCCCCGAUCUCACGGACGACGUCAGCCAUCGGGGUCGCCACAGACUGGCCAAAAUCCAGCUGCCAGAGUAUAUCCUAGACUUUGGCUACCUCAUCCUUGGUGACUCCCGAACCUACAUCAUCAAAAUCACCAACACCAGUCACAUCCCAGUGUCCUUCCACGCAGAAAAGCGUGUCCUUCACGAUACAGGCUUUAGUACUGAGCUAGAUCGUGUAAAGAAUCUACCCUACUGUGAAACAGAAAUGUUUGAAGUGAGAUUUGACCAACAAGGGACCAAUCUUUCUGUUGGAAACAAAGAAGUCAUUCUGCCCAUCAAGGUGAUUGGAGGGCCAACAGUUAACAUCUAUCUGCAAGCCAAGGUGACCAUUCCCUCUAUGACACUGUCUUGUGAAAAAGUGGAGUUUGCCACAACUCAGUGUGGACAGUGCCUUGUGGAAACUAUUCAGCUUUCCAAUCAUCUUCAAGUUCCUUGUGAAUGGUUUGUCGUCAGCCAUAAGCCAUUUAACAAGCUGGAGAAACACAUGCCAAAGUACUUGAGACGGAAGCUACGUGCUGAAUUAAAGCCGAAAACACGGAUCUUUGAGAUCCAGCCUGCUUCUGGGGUCUUGGAUCCUGGUGAGAAGUCCAACGUGCAAGUGAGAUUCAUGCCCAAAGAAGAGAAAUUCUACAGUCAAACCCUGAUGUUCCAGAUUGCCCGUAGUAGUCAGAAGCUUAUGCUCUUGGCACAGGGGCAAGGUUUAGAGCCACGCUUGGAAUUUAGUCCUUCAAUUCUGGAGCUGGGGCCACUGCUGCCUUUUGCACCUGGAGACGAGGCCGAGGUGGUGGUGAAGAAUCCCUGUGACUUUCCCAUUGAGUUUUACUCCUUAGAAUUUGACCAGCAGUAUCUCGUAGAAGAGAAGAUCUUGCGAACGCUGAAGGGCUAUGAUUCCUACAACACCCUGCUGCUGCCACCCCGUGUCCCUGGGGAGAAGCUGCCCCCAGAGGUGUAUGAGUACUUCAAGGAGAUGAAGCAGUCCAAAGAGGAGCAGAUGAAGGCGAAAUAUCUGGAGGCUCUGGGGCAGGACAACGAAGAUGAUGAUAUACCCUUGUCAGAGCUGGGAACCUCCGGUGCGAAGAGGGCCUCGCUUAGCCAAGGGAUCUCUGUCACAUCUGACUUGGGGGAUUGGGACGAGUCCAAGACAAACCCAGAUGAAGAGGAGGAUGAUGACAGCCUGGAAAAAAUAGUGUUUCAAACUGACAAGUUACAGAGCACUGACAGCCACUCUGCAGAAGAUGUUGGAGAAGUAGAGAACAACCCAGUGAGCAAGGCGAUUGCUCGAUACCUAGGCAUUGACAUUUCUCCAGAAGGUCACAUGGCCAAGAACCGGAAAGGCAUCGCCAUCAUCAUCCACGGGACACCCUUUUCAGGAAAGUCAGCCACGGCAGCCAGCAUCGCCAAGUACUACAAUGCAGCCUGCUUGAACAUCGACUCCAUCGUGAUGGAAGCCAUCUCCGACGGCAACAAUGUCCCAGGGGUCCGGGCCCGUGAGCUCUGCAUCAGGGCUGCCAUAGAGCAGUCCAUAAGGGAAGGCGAGGAGUCUGCCCAGGACAAUACUUCGAGUCAAAUUGCCAUAGGACAGAGAGGACAGAGCAGUGAGGCCCUGGGCAAGAUAACCUCAGAAUCCGUUCUGUUAACCUCUGAAGUGAAACCUGCAAAGAUUCUACGUGGGAGUGUGCUGCUUUCCAGAAGCAGGGCAGAUGCCCACGGCUUUGCGUCUCAGAAGCAGCAUCACCCGCACACGUCCGAAACAGCACAGAUUUCCUCCAGUCCUCUGCCCUCGGGGCCUACACCACGCAGGCUCAGUGUCAGCACCAGCAUCGGGGGUGAGACGGGGCUCCUGAGCUGUGUGCUCCCCGAGGAAAUACUUGUUCAGAUCCUGGCCGACCGCAUACAGCUGAGUGACUGCUACCAAGGAGUGGUGUUUGAUAGCCUCGAGACACUCUUUGCUCGGAAUGCGGCUUUUGCUCUCCUCUGCCUGCUGAAGGCCAUUGGCAACCGGGAGCACAUCUACGUUCUCAACAUGGCCCAGGAUUACACAGCCAUGAAGGCCCAGGAGAAAGCCAAAAAGGAGCAAGAAGAACAGAAACGCAAGGAGGCGCUUGAGAAGGAGAAGGAGCGUCUCCAAAACAUGGAUGAGGAAGAAUAUGACGCCUUGACCGAGGAGGAGAAAACCGCGUUCAACCGAGAGGUCCAGCAGGCCCUCCGCGAGCGGAAGAAGAGGGAGCUGGAGAGACUGGCCAGGGAGUUGCAGGAAAAGAAGCUACAACAGGAGCUUGAGCGGCAAAAGGAAGAAGAUGAGCAGAAAAAGAAGAUCAGGAAACCAAAGCAAGGACCAGGAAAGGAGGAGCCGGCGCUGAAGAAAUCCCAGCUAAGCCGGCAGACUCUUACCUUUUCCAAAUUAGAGGUAAAGACAGACUUAGUAGAAGCAAAACUAUCUGAGAAGGAGCAGGUAAUAACUGAGAAGGAAGAACUGAGCAAGAAGAGGAAGAACCAACUGGUGGAGAACAUCAUCCUUGGGUUUCCUCUUGUCCAGGAGCAAGAGGACAGUGAAGGGGACCUCCUGAAGGACACUGACAAGCCUUUGGCCCAGAAAUUUAAGACCUAUGAGUUGACUUUGAAAGACAUCCAGAACAUCCUUACAUACUGGGACCGGAAGCAAGGAGUUCAAGUGCCUCACAUGGGGGCUGAGGACCUGUCCCAUGAGCCCGAUGACCAGCGCCAGGUUCCAUCAGGGGGGCGCAGAGGCCGCAAGGACCGGGAGAGAGAGCGCGCGGAGAGGGAGCGAGCUGAGCGGGAGCGCCUGGAGCGAGAGAAGGCCGAGAGGGAGCGGCUGGAGAAGCUCCGGGCCCUGGAGGAACAGAUGGAUGGAGGAGAGGCCGACAGGGAGGAUGACCACGAAGGGAAGAGGGAUCUCGGUGUGCCAUUUAUAAAUAUCCAGACACCUGACCUUGAAGGCUCCAUGUGGAAGCAGGCCCUGGAGAAUGACAAGCUGCCCAAAGGGGAUCAGAUUCUAGACGUCUUGGGCCUCGGUGCCUCUGGACUGCCCAUCCCACCUCCUGUCUUAUUCUCAAUAAUCUCCUACCCUCUGAAGCGGCUGCCUUUGGCCACAACGGAAAUCAUGAAGCAUUUUUUGUUUCUAAUUCCACUAUCGGAAGAGCUCGCCCUGCUGGAGGAGAAAAGAGAAGUGGAAUCAGAAGCAGAGCUUUCCACCACCACCACCACUACCACCACGAGCUCUGUGAAGGAGGAGCCAAACGCCUCAUCUAAGGGGAGCAAACAGAAACUGAAAGAAAAAACAGAUGCGGUUCGAGAGACCUUGAAGGAUAAACGUCGCAUGGUCUUCAACAGGAAGGGUCUUUCUGGGACACCUUCUGGAACCAUUGCUCCCAUGUCAGACAUAGACCAGAACAACUUGUCUGGGCAGCACUCCCAGGAGAAAUUCAUCAGGCUGAAUCAUUUCCGGUGGAUCGUACCAGCCAAUGGCGAGGUGUCACUGAGAGUGCAGUUCUCUGCUAGUGAUGUCGGGAACUAUGACCAGACCUUCAACUUUGAGAUCCUUGGAACUUGCCGCCAGUACCAGCUUUACUGCCGCGGUGUUUGCGCUUACCCAUACAUUUGCCAAGACCCAAAAGUGGUAUUCCCUCAGCGGAAGACAGACAUGAAAACAGAUGAGAUCGUCUUUAAGAAAUAUAUUGUGAGCAUGGAGAUGUUCUACUUUGGGCCACUGCUUUGUGGAAAAUCAAGAGAUAAGUAUAAGUCAUCCUUGUUCCCAGGCAACAUGGAGACACUGACAAUCCUGAACAAUUCCCCAAUGGUCGUGGAGGUGUUCUUCUGUUUCCAGAAUGAUGUCAAAGCGAACACCUACUUCCUGGAACCCAUGAACAUGAUUCUAAAACCCAAUGAGAAGCAGAUACUGAACGUAUGGGCCUACCCUACUGCAGUUGGUGUCUUUGAAGACAGCAUAGUCUGCUGCAUCAAGGAGAACCCAGAGCCAGCCAUCUUCAAAAUAAGCUGCGAGGGGGUCCGCCCAGAACUGGAGGUGGAACCCAGGCAGUUGCAUUUUGACCGGCUCUUGCUGCACAGAAAAGAAUCCAAAGUAGUAGUUCUCCGCAACGUCACAGCCCUGCCCGUGGCCUGGAGGAUCACCAGCCUGGAGCACCUGGGCGAAGACUUCACCGUGUCCGUGCUGCAGGGCACCAUCCCCGCCAAGGCUGACUACAGCCUGCAAGUGCACUUCCAACCCUCCAAACCCAUCAACAUCAAGAAGGCAAUGCGACUGGAGGUUUUGGACACAGACAAUCUUGUUGGAGUUGUUCAAAUUGAAAACAUCCUGGUCCUUGCAGAGUCCUAUGACAUUGCCUUGGACAUCACCUUCCCCAAAGGAGCAGAAGGAGGCCUUGAUUUUGGGACUGUGAGGGUCAUGGAGGAGAUGAAGCAGACCCUGCAGCUGAAGAACCGUGGAAAAUACGAGAUCUUGUUCAGCUUUUCUGUGGACUCCAUAGGGGUUUCAGUGGCCAAUCUAAGUUCUAUGAUCUCGUUCCAACCCAAGAAGGGCUCACUGACCACAACAGAAAAGCCCACAAAUGUGCAGGUGUUCUUCCGCGCCAAGAAGGAAGUGAGGAUAGAGCACCAGCCGGUCCUGCGCUGUCAGAUCAUUGAACCCAAUAUCACAGAAGGAGGUGAAACCAUUGCCAGCAUCCCAAUUAAGUUUUCUGUGAAUGCAGUGUUCUCUAAAUACAGCAUCAGCCCCUCCUCCAUCAUCAACUUUGGGGCUCUGAUCUGUGGCACUCGUAAAAGCGCCACCUUCACCAUAGAAAAUCAAGGUGUUACUGACUUCAAGUAUGGCCUUUAUAGGCUGACAGGGGAGAGCUCCGUUCUUCAAAAGAAAGCAAUCAGCAGCCACAGUAGGCACGGAAGAUCCCGGGAAAGCGAGAGCUUCUUCAAGGCCGGCCCUUCCAGAUCAACCAAGUACUCUGAGACGGUUCAGAAAGAAAUAAACAUCACUAGCCAGACUCGCUAUAGCCAUGGCAUGUUCACCGUGUACCCUGGGUUUGGCUCCAUCUCUCCCGGAGGAUUACAGACCAUCACCGUCGACUGUGUGGCUGACCCUGUGGGAAAGUGUGAGGAGUUUAUAGCGAUCGAUAUCUCGGACCGAGACCCAAGAGACCACCCUGCUGGCAUUCCUUACACCCUAUUGGCUGAAGCCUGUCUACCAGCCUUCGUGACUGACAACAAUGCCUCAAUAUUUGAGGAGCACCAGAUCUGUAGCAGCGCCAACCUGUCCAGCACCCUGCAGGCCACAGAGAGCAGGGGGCUGUUUGUGGAGGAUGAAAACAAAUUCAUCUUCAGCAACGUGCUGGUGGGCCAGCAGGUCAAGGCUCGGUUCAAGAUCAGCAACGUGGGCAAGAUCACCUGCGACGUGAACAUUGUGGUUAAGCCUAUCUCCAACAAGAUCAUUGCCCGUAUCGUCGACAUUUUUGAAGUGGAACCCAACAAGAUGAACAUCGCCAGUCACUCACAUGCCUUUGCCACGGUGUCCUUCACACCCCAGGCCAUGCAGACCUACCAGUGUAUCUUCGAGGCUACCUUGGAUGGCGUGCCCAGCAACCAGACCAAGAACCGAAGCCUCGUGUUUGACAUCGUGGGAGAGGGGAACCUCCCUCGAGUGACCGUUGUGCGGCCAAUUCUCCAUAACCAAUAUGGAAACCCCUUGCUCCUCUUUAAGAGGCUGCUUCUUGGUCAUUCAGAUAAACUACCUCUCAUCCUCAAGAACAACGGCUCCAUCCCUGCCCAGCUGCAUGUUGACCUGCAGGACCAACUAGAAGUCUUCUCCCUGAAAGGGAGGCCCACUACCUCCUACAUCUACAUCAUAGAGGAAAACAAACCCCAGGCAAAAGCAAAGAAAGCUCACACAGCCUCCCUGGUGGUUCCUCCUGGAGACACAGCUGAAUUUGACGUUGUUUUCCACGCCCAAAAUGUUGGGAGAAUGACAGGGAUCAUCCACUUGUCAGUGAUCAACAAUCAGUAUGAGAACACAGUCAUCCACAUGGUGGGAGAAGGCUACGAGGACGACAUCACUUUGGACAACAUCCACGGGCUGGUGGCUUCCACCAGCCAGGAGGCCUUUGAUAUCUCGGAGGUCACCGAGGAAAAAACUAUGGAUGACUUGGUGGCAGCUGCUCUGGUGGACCACAUUCAGUUUGGGGACUGCCACAUUGGAAACAGCUAUAGCGUGAGCUUCACAGUCACUAACCACAGCCAAGCGAAUGUGAUACGGUUUGAAUGGCCUCUUUUACCUACAGUUUCCUUUUCCCCACAGACUGGCCACCUCCACCCUGGGUGUGCCAAGGACAUAGUGGUGACCAUGAAGUCAGACGUGCCCAUCACCCUGAAGAAGAUGGGGAUCAAGUGCAAGCUCUCCAAGAUCGUGUUUCAGCAACCCCCGGACCAAGUGUCCGACUGGGAUGACCGCAUGCGCACAGUCAAGUGGGUGGACGUGCCCAGAAACACCCCCGGGACUUUCACGACAAAGCGAAAAGUGAUAGAGACAGACCCUGAGCCUGCUCACUCAGUACUAGAAGAAAACUACAGAGAGCUGCUGCUGCAGAUCAGUGCCAACGUGAACUUCGCGUCAUACAAGUGCCAAACGAGCAACGUGCGCUUUAAGGAAACACUGGUUUACCAGACCCGAGUGUUUGAGUUGGAACUGAUUAAUACAGGAAGUGUGCAGCUGGAAUUCGGCUGGACCUCAGAAGAGACAGCCAAGAUGGUCAGCUUUGCGAUGCCAGAUAACCAAGGUUCUCCUCAAAAAGAUCAGCUUAGCCAGCACACGGGCAGCACUCUGGACAGUGGCAUGGACCACUGGACUGAAGGUUCCCCACUCUCUUUCUCUGUGGAGCCCAUGUUGGGCAUUGUACCCGUGGGGAAGACUCAGAAGAUCCAAGUGAAAUUCUCCCCAUUGGAAGUUGGAGACUUCGAGAGCAAUCUCUUCUGCCAGAUUCCCAACCUGCCACCUGGAGUGCAAGGCCCAGUCCUGUCAGCAAAAGGGCGGAGCUUCUUGCCCAUCUGCCAUUUUGACCUGAAAGACUCGGACUACAUCACCGGUCAUCGGCGCAACCCGGAUCUCCGAGGGCCUGGUGGUGGGGCUCUGGAUCCAAACACCCGGGUGAUCGAGUUCACCAGUGUGGGCAUAGGAGGGAAGAAUAUCCGAACUUUCACAAUCCUGAAUCCAACCACUAACACCUACUCCUUCCGCUGGAUCUCUGAAGAAACUGAAAGUCUCCAGAACCCUUCAGCCUUCACAUGCCUUACAGAGAAGGGCUGCAUCUACCCUGAAAAGAAAGCCGAGAUUGCCUUCCAGUUCAUGCCUAUGCAUCUGAACAUCACAGAAGCAUUCUGGACUUUCUUAGUCCCCGAACACAACAUCACCGUCCCUUUCCUGCUGGUAGGCAAAGCCUCCGACCCUCUCGUCAAUCUGAACAAGUCACACCUCAACUUAAGUUGUCUCCUCAUUGGCCGGGAAGCCAGGGAGACCGUGCAGAUCAUCAACAGGGAGGAGCAGGGCUUCAAUUUUGCCUUCCAGGAAAACUCCCGAUUUUCUGAAGGUUUCAGCAACAGCCUCAUCGUAUGUCCCAUGGAAGGCUGGAUCCCACCGCUGUCCAGGUUACCAAUUGAUAUUUUCUUCACACCAAAGCAGGAAGGAGAUGUCAACUUUAACUUGAUCUGCAAUGUGAAAAGGAAAGCCCAACCUUUGACCUUGAAUGUCAAGGCUGAGGGCUACACUAUGAAUGCAGAGGUCAAGUGCAAAGACAGGACUGGCUCAACCACUCUCUUGACUCCCAAUCAGAUUACCGUUCUCAACUUCUAUGAGGUGGAGAUGAAUGAAUGUGUCCAGUGUGAAUUCACCUUUAUCAACACUGGGAAGUUCAACUUCAGCUUCCAGGCAGAGCUGUCUGGCCCCAAGGCCCUGCUGCAGUACUUGGAAUUUUCACCCACUGAUGGCACUGUGGAUGUGGGGCAGAGUGCCCCUGCCAUCCUGUCCUUCCAACCGUUUAAGAAAUGUGUCUUGAAGGGCCUGGAGCUCAGAAUCAAGAUAAGCCAUGGUCCAACAUUCAUGUGCAUCAUCUCGGGCUGUGCCGUGAGCCCCGCUGUCCAUUUCUCCUUCACCAGCCACAACUUUGGGACCUGCUUCAUCUACCAAGCCGGGAUGCCCCCGUACAAACAAACCCUGGUCAUCACCAACAAGGAGGAAACGGCUCUGAGCAUAGAUUGUUUGUAUACCAAUACCAACUACCUUGAGGUGAACUUUCGUGUCGAAGUGCUAAAGCCAGGAAAGACACUGGAGAUUCCAAUCACCUUUUAUCCUCGAGAAUGUAUCAAUUAUCGAGAACUCAUCACCUUUGAAAUCAAUGGGCUCUCACAACACGUAGUUGAAAUCAAAGGGAGAGGCGCCGAAAUGAAGAUUUUAGUCCUAGAUCCAGCCAAUAGGAUUGUGAAGUUAGGAGCUCUCCUGCCUGGGCAGGUUGUGAAAAAAACGGUUUCCAUCAUGAACAACAGCCAAGCCCAGCUCACAUUCAGCCAGUCAGUCCUGUUCUCGAUUCCAGAACUCCGGGAACCUAAGGUCAUCACCCUGAUCCCAUUCCACAACAUCACUCUGAGGCCCAAAGAAGUCCGUAAGCUGGAAGUCAUCUUUGCCCCGAAGAAGCGUGUCCCUCCCUUCUCCGAGGAAGUGUUCAUGGAGAGCAUGGGGCUCCUGCACCCCCUCUUCCUCCUCAGCGGCAGCUGCCAGGCCCUGGAGGUCUCCCUGGACCAGCAGCACAUUCCCUUUGGACCUGUCGUAUAUCAGACGAAAGCCACACGUCGCGUCCUCAUGGUGAACACGGGCGACGUGGGUGCGAGGUUUAAAUGGGAUGUCAGAAGAUUUGAGCCUCAUUUCUCCAUCAGCCCUGAAGAAGGCUACAUCACCACAGGCAUGGAGGUUUCUUUCGAAGUGACCUACCAUCCCACCGAAGUGGGCAAGGAGAGUCUCUACAAAAACCUGCUCUGCUUCAUUCAGGGAGGCAGUCCUCUGAGCCUAACCCUGUCUGGAAUCUGCGUGGGACCACCUGCUAUAAAAGAGGUGGUAAAUUUCACCUGUCAGGUGCGCUCCAAGCACACACAGACCAUCCUGCUCUCAAAUCGCACCAACCAGACCUGGAAUCUGCACCCCAUCUUUGAGGGCGAGCACUGGGAGGGGCCUGCGUUCAUCACCUUGGAGCCCCAUCAGCAAAACAAGCCCUAUGAGAUUACCUACAAGCCCCGCACCAUGAACUUGGAGAACCGCAGGCAUCAGGGCACCCUGUUCUUCCCCCUGCCAGAUGGGACUGGCUGGCUGUAUGCGCUGCAUGGGGUUUCCGAGCCCCCCAAAGCCAUUGCCAGUAUCUACCGCGAAGUUCCAUGUAAGACACCCUACACUGAGCUCCUGCCAAUCACCAACUGGCUGAACAAGCCCCAGAGAUUCCGGGUCAUUGUGGAAAUACUAAAACCAGAGAAGCCAGACAUAAGUGUCACCUUAAAGGGCCUUGAUUACAUUGAUGUACUGUCUGAAUCCAAGAAAGACUACAAGCUGAACUUCUUUUCCCACAAGGAGGGGCUAUACAGUGCAAAGGUGAUCUUCCGAAACGAGGUGACCAACGAGUUCUUACACUACAUGGUGAGUUUCAGGGUCAUCCCUUCAGGCAUCAUCAAAACCAUUGAGAUGGUGAGCCCCGUCCGGCAGAGUACGUCAGCCUCGGUCAAGGUGGACAACCCCCUUCCCUACUCGGUGACCUUCGCCACGGAAUGCAGGGUGCCUGACAUCAACCUGCCCUCCCAGUUUGUGGUGCCCCCUAACUCUGAGGGCACAUUCUCAUUCGAAUUCCAGCCCCUGCGAGCUGGAGAGACCUGCGGGAGACUAGCUCUGCACAACAGUGAUUUGGGUUACUACCAAUAUGAGCUCAACUUGAAGGCUAUGCCAGCGCUGCCUGAAAAGCCCAUCCACUUCCAGACUGUUCUUGGCAGUGGCCAGAGCAUCUUUGCCAAGAUCAUCAAUUACACCCGGCAGAAGACGGAAUACUACUGCAGGACCGACUGUCUAGACUUCCACACAGAAAAGGUCAUUAGCGCAGCCCCAGGGGCUCAGGGAGGCACUGAAGUCAGUGUGGAAGUCUAUUUUGAGCCCAGCCAUCUGGGUGAAACCAAGGGCACCCUGAGCCUGUCAUCAAUUGCAGGCGGGGAGUAUGUCAUCCCCCUCUUUGGAAUGGCUCUGCCCCCCAAGCCGCAAGGUCCCUUCCUGAUUCGAGCUGGGUACAACAUAAUCAUCCCCUUCAAGAAUGUUUUCUACCAAGCGGUCACCUUCUCCUUCAUAGUGGAGAACCCAGCCUUCUCCAUCCGCGCCAUGGACUCGGUGCGGCCCAAGAAGGUCAACAACAUCACAGUCUACUUUGACGGGAACCCGUCAGGCAGCAAAACCCCCAUCACCAGCAAGCUGAUUGUGACGUGCCCUCCCGGCGAAGGCAGAGAAACAGGAAUUAAAUGGGUUUAUUAUCUGAAAGGGAUCACCCCUUAGUGGUAAGCAGGGUCCGCUGCAUCAAGAGAAAGCCUCCGCCUUGGUGUCUAUGUAUUGUUCUAGCCUGGCGAAUAGAGAACUGAUCAGAAUUCCGACGGCUCUGUUCUGUCCUCAUUCAAUUAUAGGGGCGCUCAUUUCCAUAUUCUGUGUAUUCCAGAUAUAUGUAUGAAAUAUAUAUACUCCGUAUUAAA